GGAAAAUGUGACUUGGGCAGUGAGUCAUUUAAUCUAAGAACCAAUUAUGACAGCGAGAAUUGACCUCCGUACACAGAUUGUGUGGCGUGUCCUCCGUCGCUUGAUCUUUUAAGCGCGGCCCGAAUCUGACCUAAUAAUCUUAUUUAAACAUCAGCGGCAACCACUAGACCGGACAUGCGCAUGUCCACAACUCAACACCACUCCUUCAUACUCUGCCGCCACAGGAUUUCUAGUAUACACUAUCUCCCAGAUGGCUCUCCCGCAGCGAAUUGCUCCCUCCACCGAGGCUCUAAGGAAGUUCUAUGUCGGCAAGGAUGUGAAUGAUGUUCCGAAGCCGGCAGUAGUUUUGGAUGCGGCCAAGGUCAGAACGCACUGCCGGUCCAUGUUAGAAGCCGUCGAUGAUUUGGGAGUCGGAUUCCGAUUCCAUGUUAAGACUCACAAGGCAACAAAGAUCAAUUGCAUCGUGUCAACUGUAGCAGAGAUUGAGCACCUCCUUCCAACCUUCAAAGAGUACAAACACGCCAGUCGCCACGUCAACGUCCUCUACGGCGUUCCCCUUCUCGGUUCCCAGAUCGAGCGUCUCGCCUUCUUAAGCGAAGAACUUGGCAAGGACGGACUUACAGUCCUUGUCGAUCACCCUUCCCAGCUAGGCUCAAUUCGUCGGCUCCAUGAUUUAAGCGGUCUCCCGGUGGGCGUCUAUCUCAAAGUAGACACGGGAUAUCACAGGGCAGGACUCCCCGCCACGGCGCUCAACAAGGGCGGCCUGCUAGAGCAGCUUACGCAGCUCGAAGCGGAAGGCAAAGCAACCUUGGUGGGACUGUACUCACACAGCAGUCUCAGCUAUAAGGAUGACACCGCUAACCAGGCCAUGCACAAUCUCGCUGGAGAGAUCGAGGGCUGUUUGGAAGCCCUCCACGCCAACGAAAGUCUCCUCGCGGCUAACACCUCGAGAGAAAUCACCAUUAGCGUCGGGGCGUCUCCCCAGGUCACAGCCAUUGAGAACCUGACGGGUGCUGCGGCGGUCAGCGGAUCCGGCGAAGCGCGUCUUCGGACGGCUAUCAGCAAAGUUCAAGAUGGGUCGCCGACGGUGAAGUCGACGCUCGAACUCCACGCCGGGGUAUAUGCUCUCCUCGAUAUGCAGCAAAUGUCUACCCGUUCGCGGACCGCACUAGGAAGCCACGAGGAUGAGGUCGCCAUCUCCGUUGUAGCGGAAGUUUGUAGUGUCUACAAUGACGGCGAGCGGGAGAAACCAGAGGCGCUCGUCGCUGUUGGUGUGCUGGGUCUCGGGAGGGAGCCCUGCCCUUCUUAUCCAGGUUGGGGCGUCGUCGGGCGCCAGCCGGGGUUUGAGGCUGCGGGAGGACGGAGGCUGAUUGUGGAUAGGAUCAGUCAGGAACACGCUAUUCUCUCGUGGGAGGCUGAUGCUGGAGCGAAGUCUGAUCUGCCUCAGAUCCCGCUCGAGGUUGGUCAGUCUGUCAGUAUUUACCCGAACCAUGCGUGUGUAACCGGUGCUCUGUAUGGUUGGUACCUUGUAGUCGACUCGAGCAAGUCUAACAAGACCAAGAUCGUGGAUGUUUGGGUUCGGGGGUCGGGGUGGUGAGUGAAACCAUGUGGAACUGAUCAAAGGAGAAAGA